AUGCCUUUCGACUUCUUCUCCACAGCGGCCACUGCUGCUUUCCUGUAUAGUAUGCUUGCAACUACGCCAGUCGUUGCCGACGCACCCAUAUACACCCACCUGGAAUCUUUUCAAGCUGGCGACCUUGGUCCCGAACCCAAUCAGACCUUUUUUUCGUCUCCCAUAAAAGCCCCGCGGUAUCAGGUCAACAAGUUUGACUCGGACAAGAUCGACCAGAGCGGGCACCUGUUCAUCACCGGUGGCUAUGAUGGAUACGGCCCUAGCAUCGUGUCGUCGAAGGACCUCUCACUCAUCUGGGCCAACCAAGUCUACGGUGACGCUCAAGCGGUCCGGACUCAGGUGCUCCACGGCCAGCCUGUCAUUUUCGUCUGUGCCGAAGGCAGGGUUCGGAUCUGGAACCAGAGAUAUGAGCUGAUAUACCAGGUCGUGCCGCAAGGCGACCUUUUUGGUCUGGGAGCAGACUGCCACGAGGCAACCUUGACCGACGACGGUACGGUCGCCAUGGUCGUUUGCCGAGCAGAGUACAUCGACUUGGCACCCAUUGGCAGACCUGGGCCCGAACCCGGCACCAAUUGCUUUAUGCAGGAGGUUGAUCCUGUCACGAACGAGGUCAGAUUUCAAUUCAAUACGCUGGAUUACUUCCAUGUCGAGGAUUCGUUCUGGCCAUAUCGUGGCGAAGGACCCUUCCAUUCUGAUUUCCCGCACGAUCUGUGGCAUAUGAACAGUAUUGAGAAGCUGCCCCAUGGGGAUUUCCUUCUCAGUUACCGUCACCUUCACAGCAUCGUGCUUCUGGAUGGCCUGACCAGGCAAGUCAAAUGGGUUCUGGGAGGCAAGAGAAGCCACUUCACCGACGUCACCGAGGGAGGCUCUGCGGAAUUCCACUGGCAGCACAACGCCCGCCUGUCUGCCAACAACCGCAUGACGCUCUUCGAUAAUCACCAGGUCUUCAACGGCUUUUGCCACGAGGGCGGAUGCUCCCGCGGCUUGGAGAUCGAGGUCGACGCAGUUGCGAUGACCUUCAAGAUGGUCAACGAGUGGUACCAUCCCCAGAGUAUCUUCAGUGCGUCCCGCGGAGGCAUCAGCCGGACGGCCAAUGGCAAUGUCCUUAUCGCGUGGGGCCAGAACCCGAUGUAUACGGAACACACGGCCGACGGGGAACUGGUGAUGGACAUCCAGCGAGGGCAAGUGUUGGAGCUCGACCCUGGCAUCGUUCCCGUGAUCGCGUAUCGUGCGUGGAAAGCCGAGUGGGUGGGCAUGCCAAUGUGGCCGCCGGACAUCGCCGCCUUUAGAGACGGAAUCUUCACAAACAUAUACGUCUCUUGGAACGGAGCGACAGAGGUCGAAAAAUACGUCGUCUUGGCAUCUGACAGCCUCGACGGGCUCAACGGUUACGAUCCUAUCGUCGUCACAUCGAACCGCACCGGAUUCGAGACAGCCUUCAGGCUGCGUGAUAGCAACGCCACGUACGCCCGGAUCGCAGCACUGGAUCGCGAGGGUGUGAUUCUCGGCUACACGGCAGCGGUGCACACAGUCACCGGCGAGCUCACCGGACUCGACUAUGCCCUGGACGAUCUCACGACCUCGGAACAAGCCAUGGCCCAAGCGGAGCAAGCCAAGGCACAAGCCACGGCGAUAUAUAUGGCUCAUUCGGGCGACGUCCCAGCAACGGCCUUCGCGGCGAUACUUUUCGCUAUGGGGUUCACGGUGUAA